AUGUCUCCAAACAUGACUUGUGAGGCUCUGCCUGCAUCUUUCCCUCCCCGGCUCACCGUGGCCAAAAGGAAAGAAGCUCUCGAGCUUAGAAAGACCAUGAAACCUUUGGUGGAAAAACGAAGGCGCGCUCGUAUCAACGACGGUCUGAAUCACCUGAAAGAUCUCAUUCUUCCUCUCACUGGCAAAGAUAGCACUCGUUACUCCAAGCUGGAGAAAGCAGACAUCCUUGAGAUGACCGUGAGGUUCCUCAGUGACAUCCCACCCGUCCACAAUAAAAAUUCCACAGACAGCUACAAAGAAGGCUACAAAACUUGCCUCCAGCGCGUCUCUGCGCUCCUUCCCAAAACCAACAUGGACCAGGAGGCUUCCCGCCGGGUGUCGGACUUCAUCCAGCGGUCCAUGUCGGCCACGGUGAGCCCGCCGUGCCUCAACUGCUGCGCGCAAAGCUCCUCCGCAGCCUUGCCUCACAUCCAGAAGAAGCUCCUCAGCCUGAAGUCCAGCCUGGGCGCGCAGCAGCCGAGCGCAGCAGCGGCGGUGCGCGCUUCCAGCAGAGCUCAGCCAGCUCCACAGCACGACAGCGCCACCAUGUGGAGACCUUGGUAG